CUGUUAGUACUACUUUAAGCUGGGAUUCAAUGAACCAGUUUGCAAACGUUUGAUAUAAAAGAGCAUGCAAGUGCUCCAAAAAGUAUUGCAUCGUACAACCACGUCUAACACAAACAUGUACACCAAGGUUCUAGUCUUCCUGUGCGCGGCGAGUGUCGCCUCUGCCGGUUUUCUGGAAGCUCCGGCAGCAUCUGCUGCGUACAGCGCGCCCGCCGUUUCCACUGUCUCCUUUUCUUCGGCUGCACCAGUUGCAGCCUAUGCUGCACCUGCAUAUGCUGCGUAUGAAGCUGCUCCAGCUGUAGCAGCCUACACUGCCCCAGUGUUCAGCAAAGCUGUAGCUCCAGCAGUGUCCUAUUCCUCAUUCACCAGACAAUCAUCACCUGUGACUUAUGCCGCGGCUGCACCAGCGGCGACUUAUGCCGCAGCUGCACCAUUUGCGACUUAUGCCGCCCAUGCUACUCCAGUUGCAAGCUAUUACACUGCUCCUGUAGAGACGAGGACUUUCACUGCGGCUGCGCCUGCUUAUCGCGCGUACUCUGCCCCAUUCGUAGCGAGGACUUUCGCUGCUGCCGAACCUGCUCGAUUCGUAGCGAGGACUUUCGCUGCUGCGGAACCGGCUCGAUUCGUUGCUAGGACUUAUGCUGCUGCAGCCCCUGCUGUUGCGUACUCUGCUCCUGCUGUUGCCGCCUACACCGCACCCGUUGUCUCCAAGACCUUCGCCGCUCCCGCUGCGGUAACUUACUCUGCAGCUCCCGCCGUCUCCCACGUCGCUUACACUGGUUACGGAGCCAACUACGGUUGGUAAAUGAAACCAAUUGAUUCUUCUUAUUUAUUCCUAAGAAAUGCCUAUGUACUUCAUUUGAUACGAUGCUCAUAAUAAAACUUGUAUAAAAAUA